AUGAACUCGAAUGGUCCGUUGCAAGAGCACGGAAAGCGGCGAGUCGCUUACUAUUAUGACUCGAACAUUGGUAACUACUACUACGGUCAAGGACACGUCAUGAAGCCUCAUCGUAUUCGUAUGACUCACCAUCUCGUCUUAAACUACGGUCUCUACCGUCAUUUGGAGAUUUUCCGUCCAUUCCCAGCUUCUUUCGAAGAUAUGACUCGUUUCCACAGUGAUGAGUACAUGACAUUCUUGAAAAGCGCCAACCCGGAUAAUCUGAAAUCGUUCAAUAAGCAGAUGUUGAAAUUCAACGUCGGAGAGGACUGUCCAUUGUUCGAUGGACUCUAUGAGUUCUGUCAACUCAGUUCAGGUGGUUCCCUCGCAGCUGCCACUAAGCUCAAUAAACAAAAGGUUGACAUCGCAAUCAACUGGAUGGGAGGUCUUCAUCACGCCAAAAAAAGCGAGGCUUCUGGAUUCUGCUAUACCAACGACAUCGUUCUUGGUAUUCUCGAGCUUCUCAAAUAUCACAAACGUGUUCUCUACGUCGACAUCGAUGUUCACCACGGAGAUGGUGUUGAGGAAGCUUUUUACACUACCGACCGUGUGAUGACUGUCUCCUUCCACAAGUAUGGAGAUUUCUUCCCAGGAACCGGAGAUCUCAAGGAUAUCGGAGCAGGAAAAGGAAAGCUCUAUUCGGUGAACGUUCCACUUCGUGAUGGAAUCACUGAUGCUUCUUAUCAAAGCAUUUUCAAGCCAGUCAUGGCCAAAGUAAUGGAACGUUUCGAUCCUUGCGCCGUCGUUCUCCAAUGCGGAGCUGAUUCAUUGAAUGGAGACAGACUCGGACCAUUCAACCUCACUUUGAAGGGUCACGGAGAAUGUGCACGCUUCUUCCGAUCCUACAACGUUCCAUUGAUGAUGCUUGGUGGCGGAGGAUACACACCGCGUAACGUUGCACGUUGUUGGACUUACGAGACAUCGGUUGCUGUUGACAAAGAAGUUCCAAACGAGUUGCCAUACAAUGACUACUUUGAGUAUUUCGGACCACGCUAUCUUCUUCACAUCGAUGCAGCGAACACUGCCAACGAGAAUAAUGCAGAUAUGUUAGACAAACUACAGGCGGAUGUUAUUGCAAAUCUUGAAAAGCUUGCAUUCGUACCAAGUGUUCAGAUGAGACCAAUCCCGGAUGACGCACUCUCCGGUAUGAACGACGACUCGCUUCUCCUCGAUCAUGCGAAUCCGGACAGACUUUUGCCAUCUGCUGUUACAGAUAGGAUGGUUCAACAUGAAGGAGAUUUCUACGAUGGAGAGCGUGUUGGAGAUGAUCGUAGGAACGAGAGCGAUGCAAAGAGAGCAGCUGAACACGAUGAAAAUAGUGUUGAAGAGAAAAGGCAUAGAAUGGAGUGA